CAGCGCGAAGAUCUGCAAUGUUGUUUACCCAGCAAGCAGGUGGAUGUGACGUCAACGGUCGUAGAACAUAAAAAAAUAACAACAUCCAAAUCCGCGAUUGUCUCUCUUUUUUUAGUGUGAGUGUGUGUAUAAGACGCGAUAAAGUGUAACAACAUCCAAGUCAGCUCCGUGAAGAAAGGCGGCGUGAAACGGACUCGAAGUGGCAGCGUUGCUCGCAGUACAGUGUUUGCAACUGAAGUUAGUACCGCUGGCGGAGUGAUAUGUUUGUUGGUUAUUUACAGUGUGUUGUAUAGCACGCGCGCGUGGUAUACAGAAUCGCGUGAAGAGUUGAAUUUGUUAUCUUCAGAAAUUUCCGCGUCUCUCGCGUCCCUGUCAAAGCCCGAUACCUCAACGAGACCAAAGGAAUUUAAUUGUAGAGUCUACAAUCAUCUGUUCCGUCACCUCUUGAAACAAUUGAACUGGCUGUGGCACAUCCAAUGGUUCCACCCCUUUGGUCCCUUCUCUGAGUUCUGAUUGGAACAAUGGAAGGCCAGUCUCCUCCAAACAAGUGACUCUGGCAGGAGAGUGCAGCGCUCCAGCCGUGUGGAUGCUGAAUGGGCAGGGAGGUUAAACGCAGCGCUGGAGCUAAAGACGGCCGCAAAUAAGCAAGUCCUUGGAUAAGGUUUUUAAGUCAUGAUGCAAGAGUCGGGGACAGAGGCGGCAAACGGAACGGCCCAUCAGAACGGCGCUCCGCCCAGUGUGGAGGGACACCGAGAAGUUCGGUCCAAGAGCACCACUCCUUCCUCUGACAUCACAGCGUCUGACAUCAUCAACUUCCAGCAGCACCAGGCCUUACAAGUUGCACGGCAGAUCCUUCUCCAGCAACAACAGCAGAGCAGUGUCCACAAGUCCCCCAAAAACAAUGACAAACAGCCUGCAACACAGGUGCCAGUUUCUGUUGCUAUGAUGACACCACAGGUCAUAACUCCUCAGCAGAUGCAGCAAAUCCUCCAACACCAAGUCCUGAGCCCUCAGCAGCUCCAGCUGUUACUGCAGCAACAACAAGCACUGAUGUUACAGCAGCAGCAACUCCAGGAGUUCUACAAGAAACAGCAAGAACAACUCCACCUUCAGCUCAUCCAGCAGCAGCAUGGCAGCAAACAGCAAAGUAAAGAGGUGUCCGCACAGCAGUUGGCGUUUCAGCAGCAGCUGCUCCAGGUCCAGCAGCUCCAGCAGCAGCAUCUCCUGAGUCUGCAGAGACAAGGCCUGCUGUCCAUCCAGCCCAACCAGACUCUGCCUCUGCACACCCUUACUCAGGGCAUGAUUCCAGCCGAACUGCAGCAGCUGUGGAAGGAGGUGACAAACAGCCAUGUGAAGGAGGAGAACAGCGUGACCAAUAACGGUCACCGGGGUCUGGACCUGUCCUCCCCCUCCCCCGUUCCACUCAAAAACCACAACCAGCAUGGAUCCACCAACGGCCAGUACAUCAGCCACUCGCUCAAGAGAGAAGGGUCGACGCUGGAUGAUCAUUCUCCUCAUAGUCACCCUCUCUACGGUCACGGCGUCUGCAAAUGGCCAGGAUGUGAAGCUGUGUUUGAAGAUUUUCAGUCGUUCCUAAAACAUCUGAAUAAUGAACAUGCAUUGGAUGACAGGAGCACGGCGCAGUGCAGGGUACAGAUGCAAGUAGUUCAACAGCUGGAACUGCAGUUAGCAAAAGACAAAGAGCGUCUCCAAGCCAUGAUGACCCAUCUUCAUGUGAAGUCUACAGAGCCCAAACCCACCCCACAACCACUGAACCUGGUUUCCAAUGUCACUCUGUCCAAGACGGCUCCAGCAGCCUCGCCGCCCCUCAGUUUACCCCAGACGCCCACCACCCCAACGGCCCCUCUCACGCCACUGUCCCAAACCCACUCGGUCAUCACCCCGACCAGCCUGCACAGCGUUGGCCCCAUACGCAGACGCUACUCAGACAAGUACAACAUGCCCAUUUCUCCAGAUAUUGUUCAGAACAAAGAGUUCUACAUGAAUGCUGAAGUACGACCUCCCUUCACGUAUGCUUCGUUAAUACGACAGGCAAUACUAGAGUCGCCAGAAAAACAGCUAACACUAAACGAGAUAUACAACUGGUUCACGCGAAUGUUUGCAUAUUUCAGACGCAACGCAGCAACGUGGAAGGGUGCUGUGCGCACCAAUCUGUCCCUGCAUAAAUGCUUUGUAAGAGUUGAGGAUGACUUUGGGUCCUUUUGGACCGUAGACGACGAAGAGUUUAAACGCGGCCGUCACAUACAGCGAGGGCGACCCAGGAAACAUGUGGCUGACGAAAACUGCGACCAGCUGCUUGUACAUAGUCCAGCUCUGGUAAAGAACAUCCAUACCACUUUGGGAUACGGUCCCGCUCUUUCUGCAGCUUUCCAGGCUUCAAUGGCAGAGAACAUACCUCUAUACACUACCGCUUCCAUCGGAAGCCCCACUCUUAACUCGCUUGCCAGCGUCAUCCGAGAGGAAAUGAAUGGGGCCAUGGACCACGGGAACAGCAACGGUAGUGACAGCAGCCCUGGACGCUCGCCUCUGCCAGCUAUGCAUCAUAUCAGCGUAAAAGAGGAGCCAAUGGACCCAGAGGAGCACGAAGGCCCCCUUUCCCUUGUGACAACAGCCAAUCACAGUCCAGACUUUGACCACCACAGAGAUUACGAGGAUGACCACGGCACCGAGGACAUGCUGUAAGCCUGGUUUCUCCCAGGUCCUCUGCCGAAGAGGCAAUACUGACUGCGAGACCACUCCACAUAUAGCAAGCCCAAGACUGGAUUCACAAUCCUCUUGUUGACAGCUACUAAAAAUGUUCUGAUUUACUCUUAGUGCCAUUAAAUAUGAAACCAGAAUACGAGAUAAGAAAAUCUAUUCCAUUUGGAAGUAUUUUUGAUUUGUUUCUACUUUCGGUUAAAAGACGAGAUGCGUACAUUUCUACUCAUCGCCUGAUGAAGAGACGUUUGGUACUGGGUCCUGCUUCAACUUCCUUUUGGCAUAAGUGAGACCAGAGGGGACAUGAAAACACAGCUGAGAAAGACUCAAUGCCCUCUGAGUUCAAUAAACACUGAUCACAAACUCUUUCACACACACACACACAGAUCAUAAGCGCUUGGAUGAGCGUGCCACUCACAGUGUGCGUGUACGUAUGUGACUUUAAUUCAUUGUCUCUGCCUUCAGAUACUCUUGAAGAGAUGAUGCACCCAAAAAUGUGAUUCUGUCAUCAUGUUGUUCUGGACCACUUGAGAUUUUUUAAACCCAGAUUACUCUCGUUCUUUUGCGAAACACAAAAUGAUUCAUUUUGAGGUGUAUAUUCAAUUGAUUUUUUAAAUAUAAUCAACAUACUGAAAUUCCAGUGGAUCAGUUCACACAUCAGACUGAUUCUCAGUUUCAAUCAAGUUUAUAAUUUGAGUGAAUUUCUGCUUGUAUUUUGUUUUGUCUCUUAUCUACAUAAACCAGCGGUCCCCAACCUUUUUAUCACCGCGGGGAGUCUUAGGUGGGAGAUUUUAGAUGGGUUCUAUGUAGAUUGCUAACAGUUUUCUGAGAAGCUGGUGAGCUGACAAAACAUUGCUUAUUUAUAGACAAAAUAAAAAAGCCCUGCUGGGGGUUCUGUGUUUGUCUGAAGUAAUUAGUCUACUGAAAUCUGUAUAUUCUAUACAAGGUGAAGCUGAUCGGUCAGUUCCUUGUCACGUGACUCGCAGUACACUUGCAGGAUUGCUUGUGCACGUUGUUUCCAGUAUGAGUGACCCUCCAUUGGAAAUAACGAACUUGCACACGGAAUAAGUGUGGCAUGUGAACGGCCCCUAAAUUAACUGUCGUUUGCGAUCUCCAGCUGUUGAUCUUCUUCGCAGACAAGCUGGAUUCACCUCAUUUGUUGACAAUUGGGUUGCAGAUCCAGUCCUUAGCAGUUCGUUGGUUCAUCUCUGGACCUUUUCCUCUUAGCAAAGAAACUUUCCAAAGACGUCUGUUUUUGCUAACAUGUAGGUUAAAUUUGGGCGCUCAAGUGACUGAGAUUUAACAGAGACAAUAUGGUCAUUUUUCAAAAUAAAAGCUCAUUGAGACUCAGAUAAUUAAUAAAACUGAAAUAAUUAAUGAGUUUUUGUGCGGCCCGGUGUCCAAUUGAUCCACGGACCGGUACUGGGGGGUUCGGGACCACUGGUAUGUACUAUAAAAUGUUAAAGUUAUUAAUGCUAUAAAAUAUGAAUUGUUUUAACAGUAUGCUAACUGACUUUGUCACUCAUUUUACAAAAAAAACCAAACCAAAUCAUGCAUUGACAGUCUAAACUUUUAUCAUCAUGCAUGUAAAAAUGAAUAAGCCCGCGGACAUUAAAGCCUCCUGUUUAUUAACUUAAUGGAUCAGCUGUUUUGAACGAACCAUUUGAAUCAAUGAUUCAGUGAAUCGCUUAUUAAAACAGGGGAUUGCCACCACCUACUUGUAGUUUGAAUGUCGUAUUUAUUUAACCAUACAACGCUGAAGCCAAAUAUAAUUUAAUUCACUUUUAUUUUAAAUCACACGACCAUGUUUUGUGUCUUUUAUGAAGUAUGAACGCUUCACUUUGCAUUAAAUUAAACCGUAUUAAAAGAGCAGCAGGUACAAUCCUCAAAAUAUCUCAUUUUGUGUUUUCAUGGAUAAAAAAAGGCAGGGAUAAAUGACAGAAUGUUCAUUUGUCAAGUGCACUAUUUCUUUAGGUUUUCUGUCGUGGCAGCUGGAGAAUAUCUGUCCAGUGUUUUGAGGGUUCCUAGGCGAAUAAUUGAAACGUAGUGUCCUCUCAUUACUCUGUGCUGUUAGCUAUAUAUCCUUUUAUUUUGUUGUUGUUGUUGUUGUUGGGUUUGUUUGUUUUGGUAACUGAUCAGACCUCAUGAAUAAUGAUGUGGAGUUAUGGUGUGCUCAGCACUGGAUGAAUGUUUAGGCUUCUCAUGCUCUCUCUUUUGUUUUUCCCCCUCUUCCUUUCCAAACUCAAGCAGAAUGUCGCAUUACCGUCUAGUAUUUUUCUGUCAUUUGUUCCUAGCGUUUCACGUUGCAGUCACAUUGCCCUUGCAUACGACACACACACACACACUCGUGCUCUUUCCCGCUCAUGAAGUCCAUCUGCAAAUGCACUACUCGUAAUGAAGGCUCCCUCUCCACGCACCAAUGAAGUUUAAUUUCCACGUGGAAUGAAUGACAGAGAAAUCAGCGCAGGUUAACGUUUAUCGUUCUGAAAUGAUACUCUCAAAAAAAAAAAAAUCCCCUUUGGAGGUGAUGCAUGUCAGCGUCAACCAAAUCACCGAUCGAAACCCUCUGCAAACAUGAAAUGUCAAGAAAAUAUCACCAAGGAAGCUAAUUGUGAUUCCUGAACGGCAUGUAUGACUUUAGUUUUGUCUUUUGAUUGAGUUCUGUAAUGUCUGGAUGACUUUAAACUGCAUUCCCCCACAUCAGUGACAUGAUAAUAAUUACACACCGGAGAAAUGUUAAAGGGAUUACAAGCCGACGUCUAUGACCACUGAGCAUUACGGCACUGGGGCAGCCCACUAUGACCAUUCUUGCCACAUGAUUGUCGAACCACGGCUCUAAAUUGAAAGCUGCUGUCGCCCGCUAGAUUAGAUUCAAAGACCAGACCAAUCCUUUUGUUUUGUUUUGAAUGACUUUAAGCAACCACUUUGUGUUCUUAUUUAUUACUUCCAUUUUUAUUGUCAUUUGCUUUCGCCUGUGUUUAUGUUUUAUCUGUGACUACCAAAGAUACUACAAGACGAGAUAUAUUCUAUGUUCCAUGCAAUAGCUGAACGAAAGGCCAAAUAUCCUUUUAGCGCUCCCCAAUGCAAACGUCUGGCGAAGAAAAGAAAAAAAAGAAGAAAAAAGCCAAAGGGGCUGUUGGAUGGGCAGCUGUAUGUCUUUGCCUGUGACCAAAAUAGUAGAGGAGAGGCAGAGAUGGAGACCAACACACGACCAAAUCAAAGCAAUGUUGUCUUCGGGCCAACCAAAAGGGAAAAAAGGGAGUGUUCUAUCAGGAAAUGAUGGCUAUAACGGAGAAGGAUACGGAUGAAAGAGUUUUAAAACUGUGUUCGCUGUCGUCACAGGAAAUUGAAGUCCAGGAGGGGGAAAACAUUUGCAUAACACAAUGUGAACUGAACUUCAAACUGGACCACACAAUGAUGAGCAUUUCGUUUGUUCUCAUAAUUUAGCUUCUUUUUUUUUGGUCAUUUUAUUCUUUGAAACGAUUGUAUGCCACUUGUAAAUUCGAAAAACGGGAUGUCCUUUUGUUAACCUUGCCAAUGCUCUAUGAUUGUGUUUUAGUGUCUGUCAACUUAUUACUUUUUUAUAUUAAAAAACACUCCUGUCAACCAAUGAGCUGGGUACAAGGUACUUUAAUGGCAGUUACUACUAUUUGUAAAUCGAUUCAAGCAUUUCUUACUGAUUCACUAGAACGAACGGAGCCUCCGAGUGAUGCUUCUGUUAUAUAUGGAGAGGGAUGACGAGAGCGUUCGCCGCAUGUGUAGCUCGGCAUUACUGAAGAAAUACAGCAUGAUUAGUCUGCAUACCUCAGUUCAAACCUAUAGGGAAUGACUAGAAAAAAAGAUGUACAAUUUCACUCAGUUGCACUUAGUCGUAUGUCCUGCAUGUUUAGUCUAAAACUGUAGCAAACUAUUUUAAGAGAGACAAUUCUAUUCAAAUCAGAGCUUGUUUAUCAUCAGGAUCUCCCCUUUUUAUUGUUUUAAAGCAAUCCAAACCUCAGGCUUUUUCUGUUACAUAGCUAAGAAAGGCUUCUUCUUCCAUUUAUUUUGCUUCUCACAUGCGGUAAACUGUUUGCUGUCUCUGUUCUUGUACAUACACCACAUUUAUAGCUUGUGUGUCCUCUCAUUUUCUCUUUUCAGAGAAGGGAAAGUAAUGUUUGUAUCACCAUGUUUGCUUUAUCACAACUGCUUUGUAUUUACUAUUAAAACAAGUGGGAAAAACACA